GUGUGCAAGGCUGCAAGCAUCGGCUACUCAUCACUAUUCUAAUGCAUGCGCUACCUAAACCAAAGAUUUAAACAUGAUCAAGAAAGAGCAUACCUGCAAGCUGCAAUCGCAGCUUCCUCAUAAAGCAAGGUACUAGCUAGCUAGUCCAAAAUCUUCAACCACAAGGGCUACAUCAGGUGAGGUGAGAUGAAUCGCUUGCUUGCAAGAAACAUGCAUGGCUACCCAGCGAUCGGUAUAUAUGAUUAUGAAGGUGUCCAUUUGUUUCCGGCAGUUCCAUGACAAGAAGCAGUGCUGAUUAAUCUGUCGCCAUGGAUUCAGAGCUCUCGAUAGUGUUCUUCUUGCUGCUAGGCUUUGCAGCAUGUUCUUGUUCUUGUUCUUCUUCUCGCGCCACCCACCACCAUGACCCCUCGGUCGUCGGGUACUCGCAGGAGGAGAUCGCGCUGCCUAACAGGAUCCAUGAUCUCUUCAGCUCCUGGUCGGUCAAGCACAGCAAGGUCUACGUGACCCCGAAGGAGAAGGUGAGGAGGUACGAGGUGUUCAGGCAGAACCUGAAGCACAUCGUGGAGACCAACCAGAGGAACGGGAGCUACUGGCUGGGCCUCAACCAGUUCGCCGACGUCGCCCACGAGGAGUUCAAGGCCGGCUACCUAGGGCUGAGCACCGGCUUGGCCGGCGCCGGCGUGCGGCCGCGCGGUCCGACGACGGCGUUUCGGUACGAGGCCGCCGUGGACCUGCCCUGGGAGGUGGACUGGAGGAAGAAGGGGGCCGUGACGCCGGUCAAGAACCAGGGGAAAUGCGAUUGCAUUGCAGGAAGCUGCUGGGCCUUCUCGACGGUGGCGGCGGUGGAGGGGAUAAACCAGAUCGUGACGGGCAGGCUGGAGUCGCUGUCGGAGCAGGAGCUGAUGGACUGCGACAGCACCUUCGACCACGGCUGCGGAGGCGGCCUCAUGGACUUCGCCUACGCCUACAUCGUGGGGAACCAGGGGAUCCACACUGACGGCGACUACCCCUACCUCAUGGAGGAGGGCGACUGCAAGGAGAAGCAGCCUCACUCCAAGGUCGUCACCAUAAGCGGCUACGAGGACGUGCCGGAGAACAGCGAGCUGAGCCUGCUCAAGGCGCUGGCGCACCAGCCCGUCAGCGUGGGCAUCGCCGCAGGGAGCAGGGACUUCCAGUUCUACAAAGGGGGGGUGUUUGAAGGAACGUGUGGCGCUCAGCUGGACCACGCGCUGACGGCCGUCGGAUACGGCGAGGACUACAUCAUCAUGAAGAACUCGUGGGGCGGGGGCUGGGGCGAGCAAGGCUACUUCAGGAUCAAGAGGGGCACCGGGAGGCCCGAGGGCGUCUGUGACAUCUACAGGAUCGCCUCGUACCCGACCAAGAACAACGGCACGGGCUGGGGGUGGGGGGCCUGAUUUUGUCAGCAUAUAUAAAAUGUCUUUGAAACUCGUUCGUUCAUGGUUCGUUCCAAGUGCUAGCACGCGGAAGUCGGAUGCAACAUGGCUUUUUUUCUUUUUCUCGAACACGAAGCGACAUCGUUCAAAGUUCAAACAAGUUGGCGGUGGCCUGUAAAACAACAAUUGGCUCCGUUGAGAAGACUCGGUUGUUCUUCA